AUGGCCAAUAAAAAUGUAAUUCUUUCCACGGCAGCUUCUCUUGCUGCUUCAGCAACGCUUAUCCAAAGCAUUGUAAGAGAUUUCUUACCCCACCAACUCUGCAACUUUCUCUUCUCCUUUGUUCGAAUCCUUUCUCAUUGUUUCUCUUCACGACUUACUGUUGUUGUAGAGGAAUCUCAAGGCUAUUCCAUGAAACUAGUUUUUGAGGCAGCAGAAAUCUACUUGGGCUCUAAACAAAACUCAUCAGAAAGAAGAGUUAAAGUGGGAAAGAGCGAGAAGGAACCGAAUUUAGUAGUUAACAUAGAUAGAAAUGAAGAGGUUUCUGAUGAUUUUAAGAAUCUAGAAUUCAAGUGGAGAUUGAUGACCACACAAGUUGAAGCAUCAAUGAAUGUAAAUCAUCGCAGAAUGGGGGAUCUUAACUUCUCUCUGAGAUCAGAAGUGAGACACUUUGAGCUGAGUUUUCACAGGAAGCACAAAGACAAGGCUUUUGGAUCAUACUUUCCAUACAUAUUAGAAAAAGCAAUGGCCAUUAGAGAAGAGAGAAAAGCUGUGAAUCUCUACAGUGCUAAUGGAGCAAAUUGGUGCUUCCAACAAGUCCUUCUCAAUCACCGAAUGAACUUCAAGACCCUUGCUAUUGAUUCCAAUCUCAAGAAGGAAUCGCUUGAGGAUUUGGACAACUUCAUGAACGGGAAAUUCUUUCUUCUUAGGAUGUCUAGCCGAGCUAUAAUUCUGGUAGAGGACAUAGAUUGCUCUUUCAAGUUAAAAAAUUGGGAUUCACCAGAGGAUCAAACGCAAACACAAGGAGAUCAUAGUGGUAAGGUAACACUGUCAGGACUGUUGAAUUUUGUUGAUGGAUUUUAUUCAUGCUGUGGAGAAGGAAGAAUCAUGAUAUUUACGACCAACUACAAAGAAAGACUUGACCCAGCUUUGCUGAGACCUGGUAGAAUGGACAUGCAUAUUUGCUUGUCAUACUGCAAUGCUUCUGUUUUUUACCAGCUUGCAUUUAACUAUCUGGGGCUUCACCACCAUCAUUUGUUUGAUGAGAUCAAACAGUUGAUAGAAGUGAUCGAGGUCACUCCAGCAGAAUUGGGUGGGGAGUUGAUGAAAAGUAGAGAUCCUCAAGUCUCUCUUCAAGGCCUCCUCAGUUUCUUGAGCAAUAAGAAAAUCCAACAGCAGUUAAGCUCUAACUGA